UUGUAGCUGUGACAGAGCCGGGUUUUUGCCCAAAAGAAAACAAAACAGAAAAAUCCCAAUCCGGAGCAAACUCCACCGAGCGACGGUGGCUUCCUCUCCAUUUGACACUUCUUCUUCUACCUCAGAUUCACUCGCCCAUUUCUAUUUAAUCGCUAUUUCUCUUUUUCGCCCCACUGCUUUGAUCAAUUGUCACGCCGAUAGCCUCCCACAGUCUUCUUUGUUAUCUAUCAUCAUCACCGAUAAAGACCAGUUUUUUUUACGAAAAAGGGGAAGAGAUAUUUGAGUUAAUCGCCGUAGAGGAAUGACUUGAAAAUCUUGUGUGGAUGGAUCUAUGGAUGAUAAAGAUCAUGGUUUGACUGAUGAGGAAAUUGGUUGGUGAAUGAGGAUGGGAUUAGAAUCUUCCGGUGAAACUAAUCCUCGUGAUUUCCGGAAGAUUAUUGCGAUGAUUCCUUUGCUUUAGGGUUUCGUUUGUGUUGUAAUUUGUAAUACAGAUAAUAGUUAUUAAUGGACGAGGGCAGUAGUAGUUCUAAGGAACAGGCGGCAGAGGAAACCUUAUCAUCAUCAUCUUCAUGGCGACCCAGCCAGGGAGUGUUUGGUCCUUAUUUGCCUGUUCUUCAGCCAAAUGCUAAGCCCCAAAGUUUGCGGGUAGUUGUUAGAAGACCUCUGGUGGCAAGGUUGACUAAAGAUAUCGUUGAGACAUACCGCAUCUGCAAUCCUCAGUUCAACUACUCUGAAGAAUUGAAUCCAAAGAGAUUCCUGACUUCCCCAUCGGUUGGAGUGUUGAAUGAUGGCUUUGAUAAUGCAAACUCAGACCUCAUUCUUUCGGUCAAUCUGGAGUUGGUCAAUUUGGACACAAAGAGAAGGUAUGUUAUUAAGGAUAUGCUUGGCCAUGGAACUUUUGGUCAGGUUGCGAAGUGCUGGGUUGAAGAAACACACAGAUUUCUUGCUGUUAAGGUCAUCAAAAAUCAACCAGCUUAUUAUCAACAAGCACUUGUUGAAGUUUCUAUCCUGACAACAUUAAAUAAGAAGUUUGAUCCUGAUGAUAAGCACCAUAUUGUUCGGAUCUAUGAUUACUUUGUAUAUCGACGUCACUUGUGCAUUGCGUUUGAACUGCUUGACACAAAUCUGUAUGAGCUUAUAAAGUUGAACCAUUUUAGAGGAUUGUCACUGAGCAUUGUCCAGUUGUUCUCGAAACAGAUAUUGCGUGGAUUAGCUCUUAUGAAAGAUGCUGCUAUAAUUCACUGUGAUCUGAAGCCUGAGAACAUUCUUUUAUGCACAAGUGUGAAGCCAGCUGAAGUUAAAAUUAUAGACUUUGGAUCAGCAUGCAUGGAGGAUCGUACUGUUUACUCUUAUAUCCAGAGUCGGUACUAUCGAUCACCUGAAGUUCUUCUGGGAUAUCAAUAUACCACUGCUAUUGACAUGUGGUCGUUUGGGUGCAUAGUUGCUGAAUUAUUUCUAGGACUUCCACUGUUCCCAGGAGCUUCAGAAUUUGAUCUUCUGAGAAGAAUGAUUAAAAUACUUGGGGGGCAACCCCCUGAUCACAUACUAAAGGACGCAAAAAACACCAGCAAGUUCUUCAAGUUUGUUGGGAGCAUUAAUCAUGAAGAGUGUGGAUCAGGUCCUUUGAGCAGAUCUAGUGUUUAUCAAGCUUUGACAGAAGAAGAAUAUGAAGCUAGAGAGUCAAAAAAGCCAGUAAUCGGGAAGGAGUAUUUCAAUCACAUGAACCUUGAAGCAAUCGUCAGAAAAUAUCCUUACAGGAAGAAUUUGGCAGAGGAGGAUAUUAUUAAAGAGAGUCAAAUACGAUCAGCACUAAUAGAUUUCUUGAGGGGGCUUGUGGAGUUUGAUCCAGCCAAGCGAUGGUCACCUGUGCAGGCAUCAAAGCAUCCUUUUGUGACUGGGGAGCCUUUCAUAUGUCCUUAUAGACCUGCACCAGAGACACCUCGACUGCCUGUUUCUCAGAAUGUUAAGGUGGAUCAUCACCCAGCUGGAGGCCAUUGGUUUGCUGCUGGUCUAUCCCCUAAUAUUCCAGGCAGAAAUCGAGUGCCCGUGCAGAGCAGCCCUCAUUAUCAGGUUAUGCAAUAUGCACAUGUAGGUAGCUAUGGUAGUCUAGGAAGUCAUAGUAGCUACCACGAUGGUGCUGGGCUUAGUAGCAGUUAUGGAAGUUAUGGAGAUAGCAGUAAUCUUCAUGCAUUUUAUUCGCCUGCGGGUCCAUCAGGCAUGCAUCUCUAUGCACAGAAUGGUGUAUCAAUUCUUGGAAGCAGUCCAGACACCAGGAGAUUUAAGCAGCUCCCUCCUGGGAAUGGGCUUGGUGUCAGCCCAGGAAAUUUUGUUCCUAUGUCUCUUGGAACGAGCCCAUCACAGUUUACUCCUCCUAGCAUGUAUAGUCAGAUCUCUGCUGGUUCUCCAGGAAAUUAUGGCCCUUCAUCACCAUCAAGGGGUAGUUGUCAUGGAUCACCUUUAGGGAAGAUGGCAGCAGGUAGUCAGUAUAAUAAUAGAAGAAAAGGGUGGGGAUAUCCUGGUAGCUAUCAGUCUCAAGAAAUAUCAUCAUCCCCUCACUGGCAAGGGCAGGUUGCAGAUGGAAACAACUCCAGCCAAGCCAAUUCUCCUGUCUUUGGUGGCUCUCUAUUACAUCUACACAGUAACUCAAAUCCCAGACAGCAAGGAUCAAGCAGUGCGACCGUUGGUUACUCUAAUGUGCAUAAUGUUACAAGUUCAUCAAUGCAAGGUGGGCAUACACAAUUCCAGAAAACUCAUGGUGUACAUGAUAAACCUGAGGGUAGUAACUCAUUGCCUGAUCCCGGCGAUUGGGAUCCCAAUUACAGUGAAGAACUGCUUCUGCAAGAAGAUAGCUCAGAAAUGAGCAACUUAACAAGUGAAUUCGCCAAGGGGAUACAUCUUGGUCAAGCUGCAGUCUCCCAAGAACCAUUGACUGGAGUGAGAAGACCAAGCCAGAUCUCUAAUCUAAAUCCCAGUAUGUCUCAGAGACCAACGGGGCAAACUCAAGCAUUUUUACCUGGAGAGGUAGGAAGCCCUCCUUCAGGUCAUGAGCCGCAUGCUGGAUUCAUGCACACAAUGGGAAAUCCAUCAUAUUUAAUGCCUCAUUUUGCACAAAGUUCUCCAAGCCGCUUGGGACAGCAGCCUCUUUAUCGAUUUAACCAGGGGAGACCAGCUGUUCAUUACAAUGAAAGUCAUGCCAAGGCGCAGUCAUCUCAUUCUACCUAUAAUAUGGAUGCUCCAAAUUCUGCUCCAAGGAAUGGUGCAUCAUGGGGGCGUAGAGGUAGCAACCCUAUUCCAAACAUUCCACCAACUUCCAGGACAAGAAAAGACUACAAGAGAGUUGUUUAACUUUUUGUAGUCUUCAUCGGCGAUUAUUUCGAUAAGCAGUUCAGACAAGUGAAGCAAAGCGGGUAAGCCUGCUUUAGUGGCUUGCGUUACAAAUCCUCAUCGACGUCCUUUUGUAGUGCUUGCAUAAAUGUUAAUGGUUAUAACACCACCAUGAUCUGGUCAUGCCUGUUUGUCAUCACCAUGCUCGAUCUGGGAGCUCGAAUUAUGCUGUUCUCUCCAGUUCCAAAGGGCCAAAAGACGUGGAUGUCAAUUCCCCGGAUCUAAUUUAUUGCAAGAAAACUCUAACCAAGUUGUCUGUUAGCAUUGUUGCUCCAGGGGAUUAAGGGGGAUUUAUUAAUUAUUUAUUUGAGCAAAGCUUGGUUGUGUUGAGUAGGGUGUUGAAUCAUAGUUUUAAGGUUUAUUUUUUAGCAAUCUCUUUGUAAGCUAAGACAGGAAACUUGAUUCCUUGUAAGUUGGAUAUUUAUUUCAAUAUCCUCUUAACACAUCAAUGUGACUACUCAUAAAAUGGAAUGACGUGAAGAAGCGUGUAAUUUGUGUUCUUAA